AUGCAAAAGUCUAACGGUUCAUUCAAACAGGUUGGUUAUGCUAUUAAAGAUCUUUAUGUUUUAGGUACCCUCCCUCGACCACAGGUAGACGUUUCUCAGUACUCAUUCGUAGCUGCUGAUAAACUACUUCCUACUAUCAAGCCAGGGUUGUCUCAUCAAUCGCUAACGCAUGCCCGGCUAGGACAUCCAUCUGUCGGAUUAUACAAUCGUUUAGCAUCUAUCAUAGAGGAACCAAGGAUCAAUGAGAACACCUUCACGCUUUGCCCAACAUGUUCUUUAUCCAAAGCCACAAUGUACAAAGGCAAGUCCUCUACCACAAAAUAUGAUCAUGUACUAGAACUGAUCCAGGUAGAUCUUUGUGGUGGAUUCCGAUACAACGGGUACGAAGAUCACAAAUACUUUAUGACAAUCCAUGAUGCUGCCUCCAGAUACUACAAUGUCAUUCACCUAAAAUCCAAAUCUGAUGCUGCAGAUGAAUUGAUUGUUGGAUCACCAAAGCUGAGAACCAGUUUUUACACAGAGGUUUGA